CUCGGUGAAGACUCCGCACUUCGGCUAGGUAGCGGAUCCCGCAGGCUGGGCUCUCCGGUGACUCGCUCGCGCCAUGGCGUCCCAGGGUCGUCGGCGGAGGCCUGAGACGGUGGUGCCGGGGGAGGCGGCCGAGACAGACUCGGAGCUGUCUGCGUCCUCGUCGGAGGAGGAGGAGCUGUACCUGGUCCCCUCGGGCCCGACGCGCGGCCGCCCCACGGGACUGCGGGUGGCCGGGGAGGCCGCGGAGACCGACUCGGACUCGGAGCCGGAGCCGAAGGCCGCGCCGAGGGAUCUGCCUCCGCUCGUGGUGCAGCGGGAGACGGCCGGGGAGGCCUGGGGAGAGGAGGAGGCCCCGGCGCCCGCCCCCGCGCGUUCGCUGUUGCAGCUCCGGCUGGCUGAGAGCCAGGCGCGGCUGGACCACGACGUAGCGGCCGCGGUGAGCGGCGUGUACCGCCGCGCGGGCCGUGAUGUGGCCGCCCUGGCCGGUAGGCUGGCGGCUGCCCAGGCGGCGGGAUUGGCGGCGGCCCACAGCGUGCGCCUGGCGCGGGGGGACCUCUGCGCGCUGGCCGAGCGCCUGGACAUCGUGGCCGGCUGCCGCCUGUUGCCCGACAUCCGCGGCGUGCCGGGCACCGAGCCCGAACAAGACCCCGGCCCGCGAGCCUAGCCGUGACCCACUCUCCCGCCUGACUGAGCCCUGGGGGUAGGCCUUGCGGCCUCUGGGACCGGUUCUGUGCCCUGUUUAGCCACCCACCCAUCUUGCUGUCACCCUCAGGGAUAACCCCGCCCCUUGGAUAAUGCUCUGUGUGUGUGUUGGUGGGGGGGGAGGAUGGGAGGUUAAUGCUGUGUAGCCCUGCCAGGCCCUAGCAUCUGGUUCCUCCCCCUGGUCCUGGUCCUUGCUCCCUGGUUCAGAGCUUGUGUGUGUCUGAAGCUUGGCUCAAACUCCUGGGUAACUAGCCACUCCUUAAUCUGUCUCCAUCUUAGCGGUUCACAGAGCCUCACCUUUCCUUUCAGUCUGUCUUCCUCAGUUUGGUUUCUGUUCCCAGGGGCUGGUCCUGCUUCUGGUGCAGAUUCCCUGAUGUCUCUAGUCCUAGUCCCACCUCUGGAAUUUGCCCUCUAAUCUGGACCCUUUUUCCGCUCCCCAGGCUUGGCUCUGAUUCCAUCUCCUCCUAGUCCUUGCUCUUCCAACCUCCCUGCUCCUUCUCCUUGGACUUAGCUCCACCCCCUUGGCCUGAUCUUGUUUCCUGGGUCCAGCUGUACCCUUAGGUUUGGUUCUGCUUCUUUUUGUUUCUCCCAUCCUGUUUAAACUACCUACUUAAUUAUGGGCUCCAGGAACCCCGUAUGGUUUUCUUCAUCAGGCCCAAGAUGAGACCCUCUCCUGACCCGAGGAGGUCCCCCUCCCAGCUCUCCAGGCCCAAGUUAGUGUGUCCUUCCCACCCUCCAGGCCAAGAUCGCGCCUUCUGCCCAAGUUCCAGGUACAGGAUGGGCCUCCUCCUGACUCUGAGUGCGCCCCCAGCAGGCACUUAGGGCCCAGUACAGACUUGCCCUGGAACUUUGGGCACAAUAUGACACCGCUUUGCCAAUAAGGACCACAUGUAUUUUGUUUGGUCACCGUGGUGUUCCCUGGAUGCUAAAAGGACUUGGCUGUCUGGCUUGUCUCGGGGCCUGGGUUAGCUCCUUCUUUCUGCUCCUCACCUGGUGCCUCUUCUCCCAGCCCCAGUCCCUCAGUCCCAUUCACAUUUAUUCCCCUCCCCCACUCUUACCCCAACCUGAGCUGAGAUCUGGGCCCCCAGGAUGGAGAAGUGGGGAAGAAGGCUCUAUGGCAGACUCAUCAAAACUCAAGACAUUUAUUGAUAUGGUCAGUUCCUCUUAUCUCCCCAUCUAAGCUGGGGGCAGGUAGGUUGGUGAUUUUUUUGCUGAGAAUGUGGGUCCCAAGAAAGGGAUCCUUCACGCCUGGCCUAUUGAAGGUGAGCCUGUGGCCGGAAAAUCAGGGCUCCUAGUUUUUUGCCCUGCUUCUGCACUUACUUGUAUUUUGUUAAUUCACCACACAUUCAUUGAGCUCCUGUUCUUUGCCUGUCCUGAGCUGGGCACUGGUGGUGCCCCACAGGCUGGGCCCUCGCAGAGCUCACAGUGCACUGGGGGAGACAGCCAUUAAAAUAUUCUCGCAAAUAAGUGGAUAGUUUUAAUAAUUGUUAUUUAUACUUCAACUGUAGUUUUUCUGGCAUUGUGAUCAGUGCCGUAAAGAAAUAUAGGAGCUUUGUGAGGGUGUGACUGAGGUCUCUCUGACCUUGUUUGGGGGGAGGUCACAUGGCUUCCCUGAGGAAGUGAUGACUGAGUUUGAGCUAAGCCCUGAAGGUGUAAAAAAGCUGAAACAGGUUGGGUAGAAAAGAGUUGCAGUCAGUGGGAAUAGCAUAUGCAAAGGCCCUGAGUCAGAAGGAGGCAGAGCUGUUUAAUAACAGAAGAGGGUGAUACCUUCUAUUCUCCACCUAGAGUGGAGAGAGCAGGGGAGAUGGGGGUGGUGAGUGCUCUGCUAGCAGGGGCCAGACGAAGCUGAGCUUUCAAACCAGGUAAAGAUUCUUGGUCUUUAUUGAACAGCCAGUAAACAGAGAAUGAUGCCAUCUGAUGAAUGUGUUUGGUGAAGGAGACUCUGAGACUGGUGCUUCUGCAGUGUGGUUGCCUCUGAUAAAUACCCAGAAAUACUGGUUUAAAAAAUCAAACUUCCUUUUAAAGGUACAGCUGAGCUCAGACAGAACAUGAGAAAUCUGGGCCCAAGUUAAUUUCUGCUGCACAGCAAAGGGAUUUAGUUCUACUCACGUGUAUAUAUAUACAUAUAUAUAUAUGUAUAUAGUCUCUUUUAUAUUCUUCUCCAUUAUGGUUUGUCACAGGCUAUUGGAUAUAGUUUCCUGUGCUAUCCAGUAGGACCUUGUUGCUUAUACAUUCUGUCUAUAAUAGUUUGCAUCUGCUAAUCCCAAACUCCCAAUCCUUCCCCUCCUCCUUGGCAACCACAAGUCUGUUCUCUAUGUCUGUGAGUCUAUUUCUGUUUUGUAAAUAAGUUCAUUUGUGUCGUAUUUUAGAUUCCAUAUAUAAGUGAUAUGUGAUUUUGUCUUUCUCUGAGUUACUUCACUUAGUGUGAUAGUCUCUAGGUCCAUCCAUGUUGCUGCACGUGGCAUUAUUUCAUUCUUUUUUAUGGCUGAGUAAUAUUCCAUUGUGCAUGUAUACCACAUCUUCUUUAUCCAUUCAUCUGUUGAUGGAUAUUUAGGUUGCUUCCAUGUCUUGGCUAUUGUAAAUAGUGCUGUUAUGAACAUAGGGGUGCAUGUAUCUUUUCGAAUUAUAGUUUUCUCUGAAUACAUGCUCAGGAGUGGGAUUGCUGGAUCAUAUAAAGCCUUGGAUUUUAACAGCUGCUGGACCUUGGGCCAAGCUCUUAUUAGAGAAGCAGAGGCCCUGACAUAAAACUUAGUCCGUUGAAGGGCUAUAUCUUGAAAGAAAGAAUGUGGUAGAAAAAAAUCUGAUUGAUACCGUUGAGGCAUACCUAGGAAACGUGUCCAUUUUGGCUUAGGCUCUGGGUGGAGGGAAUUUUUCCUCAGGGAGUUUAUAACCACAGGCUUUUCUUCAGACUUGAUUGGGGUUUGGGUAUACCCUUACGGAGCGGUUCAAGAAACCCCAAGCAUAGAAAUAAACUGAAAGUAGGUUCUGGCCAAAUCCAGGGAAAACACCCUCAACCAGCCUCAUGCAGAAUUACAGCAGACUAAUAUAGACCAAACCUAAGUUCAUAGUUGACAACUGCAGAGUAGGACUUCUCUGGUGGUGCAGUGAUUAAGAAUCUGCCUGCCAAUGCAAGGGACACUGGUUUGAGCCCUGGUCCAGAAAGAUCCCACAUGCUGCGGAGCAACUAAGCCCGUGCGCCACAACCACUGAGCUUGCUCUCUAGAGCCUGCGAGCCACAACUACUGAGCCCACGCGCCGCAACUAUUGAAGCCUGUGUGCCCUAGGGCCCGCGUGCCACAACUACUAAGCCCGCAUGUUGCAACUACUGAAGUCCACGUGCCUAGAGCCCGGGCCCAGCAACAAGAGAAGCCACUGCAAUGAGAAGCCCAUGCACUGCAAUGAAGU